AUGGCUACAGGUCAGCCAUCUAAGGCUCCCCAGAGCCGUCGGGUUGGGGAGCAUUGGAGCGGUGCUAAUCCCAUUCCGACCAUUCAUCACUUUAUGGAACAUAUCGACGCCGACAAGAAGGAACGCGAUCGCAGGAUAGAUGAAGAAAAUAGAGCCAAGAAAGAAAGGGCUGCACGUGCAAAAGCGCAGGGAAAAUAUGGACAGCAAUCAGAGCAAGCAGACCAAGGGGAUCAAAAAGAGGGGGACGUUGUUGCUCAUAAGCCACGCGAAGUUUCUCAGGCCAAGAUGCGUACCGUGACAGACCCUACCACGGGUAAGGACAUCGGUAUUGAAGAUCAAGACGAGACAUCCAUGGAAGCUGUUAAGAAUCCAAUGUUGACGGUUCCGAAUGCAAAUAUUGGGAAACCCACGAACGUUCAAACAAGUGCCGACCAGGAUCUUGCAGAGUAUAAAGAAAAGCAAGAUAUUACAGCACCCCCCGAUCCCAUCGCCGAAGGCACGACUUCCGAUGUUCCUAUUCGAGGAGAAAAGACAAAUGUUCUAUUCCACCCCACGCCAACUGUCUCAUAUCAGCCCAUGUUUGAUUCAUUACAAAAGCGUGCAACGGGUCUUUGCAUUGGGAUACCUCUGGCCAUAAUUGUAAUAGGGCGGAUGUUCGGAGGAUCUCUUUGGGGCCUUAUUCCCUUGGCCGCAUGCAUUACGAGUGGCGUGUGGUUAUGGAUGCAGGAAGUCAUUCGCAGCGGUCGGGCAAUGGAGUGGAGCAGUGAGCAUCUUCGUGGCCAGAUGGCUACUGCCAACCUCCUUCCUGAAUCUGUCGAGUGGCUGAACAGUUUCCUCGGCGUCGUGUGGGGACUUGUGAACCCAGAGAUGUUGACACCUGUGGCUGACACAAUCGAAGAUAUCAUGCAAGUCUCUGCGCCCAAGGUUGUAGAGAAUGUUCGAAUCGCAGAAAUCGACCAGGGCAACAACCCGCUCCGAAUUUUGAGCAUGCGGGCUCUUCCCGACGACCAUGUGCAGGAUUUGAAAGAAAACAUCCGCGAGGAAAAUAGAAAGAACAAGGAUCCACAGGAAGCUGCUGCUGCCGAAGAAGGAGGAAGUUAUUACAACAUGGAAGCCUCUUUUGCCUAUCACGCAAAGCCAAGUGGACAGACUGCCUCAUCAAAAGCACGCAAUAUGCACAUGCAACUAGUCUUCUAUCUGGGCAUUCGAGGCUUAUUUGGCGUGCCAUUUCCUGUAUUCGUGGAGCUGAUUGAACUCGUCGGAACCGUCCGCAUGCGCUUCCAAAUGAUGCCCGAAGCACCGUUUAUGAAGGAUGUGACUUUCACUUUAGUUGGCAUUCCCCACGUCAGGGCUGGCUGUAUGCCAAUGUUCCGAACGGGAGUGAAUGUCCUGAACUUACCAUUGAUCUCCAACUUUGUCAACUCCGCCAUUAGUACCGCAUGUGGCAUGUUUGCAGCUCCUAAGUCAAUGACCAUGGACCUUGGCAUGAUGUUGACAGGAGAUGACAUCCACAAAGAUACUUCGGCUCUGGGUGUGAUGUGGAUUCGCAUUCACCGCGCUGUCGGCUUGAGUAAACAGGAUGCUCGUGGCAGCGAGGGUGGUGGCAGUGAUCCAUACAUCAAUCUGUCUUUCUCGAAGUAUGGCAAGCCCAUGUAUUGUACUCGUGUGAUUACGGAUGACCUCAAUCCAGUAUGGGAAGAGACAGCCGCCCUUCUUGUGACACCAGAAUUGAUCAAGGCCGAUGAAAACUUGAGCAUCGAGCUUUGGGACUCUGACCGCAACACCGCAGAUGAUAUUGUCGGCAAGGUUGAGUUACCUAUCCGUGAGAUGCUUCAGCACCCCAGUCAGAUGUAUCCUCAGGUCUCGAAGCUUCAGGGUAUGGACGAGGGCAGCGAAAUGCCUGGUCAACUGCAUUGGGAAGUGGGAUACUUUGGGAAACCAAAGCUCCGCCCUGAGCUGCGUACUGAUGGCAAGAAGAAAGACCUUCCUGCAAACCUAAGAGGCGAUCCUACUUUCGAAGACGAGAAGGGAGCUAUCAACAACGAAGAAGAAGAUGCCGUUAUGCAUACACCACCUGAUCCAAUAUGGCCUAGCGGUAUUGUGCACAUUGUUGUGCACCAGAUCGUCAAUCUUCAGCUUGCCAAUAUCAAGGGCAGCGAUGGGAAUCGCAAGGGCAAGGAAUAUGAGCCGGCGAAGCCAUAUGGUGAGAACACAGAGGAGCAGGGUGAUGACCUCCCAACGAGUUACUGCAAGGUUAUGUUGAACGAUCAACUGAUCUAUCGCACUCGGGCGAAGGCUGUGAGCUCUAAUCCUAUCUUCAAUGCAGGAACUGAACGAUUUGUUCGCGACUGGCGCUCAGCUAUCGUGACCAUUACCGUCCGAGAUCAGCGCUAUCGCGAGCAUGACCCUAUCCUUGGCGUUGUCCCUGUCAAGCUGUCCGAUAUUCUUCAAACCAGCUCACAAGUGACCCGAUGGUAUCCUCUUGACGGUGGUAUUGGGUUUGGACGCAUCCGUAUUUCUCUUUUGUUCCGCCACGUGGAGACAAAGCUACCAGCUCCAAUGCUUGGCUGGGAUGUUGGCACCUUUGAAUUUGCUGGACAAAGUAUCACUGCAAAGGACUUUGGCCGACACACUAAGAUCAAGCUGCGCACCGGUGGGAGCGUUGGAAAGGUCACCCGGCACAAGUGCCAUUUGCAAGGAAAUGACGCGGUAUUCGAUACCUCCGACAGUACUUUCCGUGACUCACUGCGCAUGCCUGUGAAGCACCGAUACCGCUCCCCGAUUGUGUUCGAGUUCCAUAACAAGGGCAAGCGAGGCGCAGCAGGGUACGCUAUUUUAUGGCUCCAACAUCUUAUCGAUAACGAGGAAACGGACAUCGACCUUCCUAUCUGGACGACAAAGAUGGGUGCUCGCUUGACACAGAAUUACAUCACAGAGGAGAAUUGGAAGGCCAAGCAAAAACCUGGGCUCGAAGACUUAACGGUAGUGGGACGUCUGCAAUUCCGAUGCAAGUUCUCACCGGGAAUUGACGAAUCGCACGAGCAUUUCGUGGUUGACAACGACUCCCGUGAGACCUUCGAGACUUGGGAAGCGUGUAUGUCCCAGGGUGUUCGUACCCGCACUGUGCAAAUUGAAGUUCCUGCAGAAGUGCAGGAAAAGCACGAGCAGUCUUUAAUCGAUGGACGGGAUGUGUUGAAACAAGCCUCACCCUCUGAGCGUCAGCGUUGGAUUGACCGCCAAGGCCAAGACUGGAGUGGUGCGUUUGGUCAAGACCCGCGUGCCUAUACUGAUUCCAUUGGGCGCAAGGUCGCCGAGCCUGGCCGGGACCAGCCUCGCCAUGACCCGUACACACCUCCCCCACUCAAGGGCCAGGCUCCUCAUCGAGCCAGUCUCCAAAGUGAAGAGGACUACAAUGAGGACACCUCAGAAUCAGAUGAUGAACUUGAGUCCUUAUCUAAUGGACCCUCAACAAUUAGCGGGAGUGCUGGGGCUGGGGCACCUUCGUCACAAGCUAGUAUGAGUACCAGCCAGAUAAACAAGGCGAAUAAACACAGUGAGCAGCGACAGCAGCGAGGUCUCAUGCAGUGGCGGCCUGCGCGGAAUGCUGCUUUUGCCAAAGAUGAGGCCAAGUAUGCGCUUCGUAAGAUCAAGAAGAGGGUCGGAGCAGGCGGCCUCACUGGUCGUGAGCCAGAUGUUGAGACCGAGACUUAA